AUGGCGCCCAAGAAGAAAUCCGGUGCUCCAGCUCAUCCAUCCACCUCAAAGGCUCCGCCGCCCGCGGCAUCUAAUGCUGCGGGGGAUACAGAGGCACACAAGGACGUGGACGCUGCGGUGGACGUGGUCGGCGCAUGCGGCGCCAUCACCACUCCCCCCGCAGCCGAUGCAGGAGCGAGAAACACUGGAGGGGAACAGCAUCAACAACGCCCCGACGGACACGCCCCACAAGGUAUGGAUGAAGGGGUUAUUCCAUCUGCGCCCCUUCCCCCCGCCGACGGGCACAGCCGUAGCAAUGGCGCUCAGUCCGGGGCGAACUGCCGCCCUCCGGCUGCCCCCACCAUGGGAGCGACCGCAGCAUGUGCGCCUCCCCCGGGACGGGUCGACCAAAUUGCUGUGCCCAACUAA